AUGUCACUUGCUUCCAUCCUCCUCCGGCGCGCUAAUGUUCGCGCAGUUCCAAUCCGGGCCUUGACUACUUCGCUGCCUUCACGAGCAGCAUUAGCCACUGAGCUCACCUCUAAGCCGACUGUUCUUCUUGCUUCUCCAGCACCAGAAUAUAUCAAACAAGAGGAAAUUGACGUCGAGCUGCUCACUCCCCAGCAGGCUCAAAUCGUGAUAACAGACAGAGCUGCUGAGCAACUACGCUCUAUAUCGACAAGGGAAGCAAAUCCCAAUGCCGCACUUCGAAUAGCAGUCGAGUCCGGAGGCUGCCAUGGCUAUCAGUAUAAAAUGGAGCUUGCUGAGAAACGGGGAGGAGACGACUAUCAUUUUAGUCAUCCGACGGUGAAGCCGUCUAAUAUUCUUGUUGACGCUGUCUCUCUUACGCUGCUCAACGGCUCAACCAUUGAUUUUGCAACUGAGCUUAUUGGCAGUAGUUUCCGUGUCACUGAUAAUCCACAUGCCAAAGGGAGUGGAUGUGGAUGUGGGGUUAGUUGGGAACUGAAGUCUUAG